UUUUCCGUCUUCCGGUGCUCCUCUUGUCAUAAAAGGCCAGAGAAUGCCAUUCGCUCCAAUUCAGCGAGACGACAUCCAGAAGCGGAGCGCCAACUGCUGGAACUCUAAUUUGCUCUCUUUGAGGAAGGGGGCCUAAAAGGCUGAGGGUAGGAGAAGAGAAGCAGAAUGAAUGCACCUGAUCGCUAUGAGCGCUUUGUAGUUCCUGAAGGCACCAAGAAGGUGUCAUAUGAGAGGGACACUAAGAUCAUCAAUGCUGCUUCAUUCACCAUUGAAAGGGAGGAGCACACUGUUGGCAAUGUCCUUCGCAUGCAAUUGCACAGAGACCCAAAUGUUCUUUUCGCAGGGUACAAGCUGCCCCAUCCUCUCCAGUACAAGAUUAUCGUUCGGAUUCAAACCACAAGUCAAUCUUCUCCAAUGCAGGCCUACAACCAAGCCAUCAAUGAUCUUGAUAAGGAGCUUAAUCACCUGAAAGAUAUAUUUGAGGAUGAGGUGGCUCGAUUUACAAGGGAGAAUCAAGUUCAUAGGGGAUAUUGAUGUUAGCCUACUUAUGGUGCGGAGCACAGAUGCAUCUUGUUUUGCUGUUAUCAUAGUUUAUUAACUGUCUGGAUGUGUAUGUAUUUACCUGUUGAAAAGUGUCAUUCACAUGACUUGGAGAUUCUAACUAUUCUACCCUCAGAGAGAGAGAGAGAGAGUCUCUGCUCAUGAGGAUGUUUUGGUGGUGAGUAACCAUGCUCAUGGGAUGUUUUUUGGUGGUGAGUUACCAAACCAUGGACUACUAGAAAGAUUAACCCCUUGAAAGUUAGUGAACUCUAGGGGUGCUCUGGGUCCAGUUUCUUUUUGUAUUUGGGGAUUCCAUAACUCAAUUGAUUAAGGUUUUUGGUACAUAUGGAAGCCUUUAUAAAGAUCA